GUGAUUACUGCAGGUGAUGAGAUGGUCUGUUGUUUACUGUACUGAACAGCCAUUCAAAAACUGGGCUUAAUUCCAUAUUCAGCUCUCUUUUUCUGUGCACAACUGAAAAACACAGCAGAGCCUGUGUCUCACUUGAGCAUUUGUGAUAGAGGGAUGGCACUUCCCCACUCCACAAGUGGACCAGGCCCACUUAUAAUCAGGGAGCAUUCAGAUGAAAUACUGCUGAGAGGCACGGUUGCACUGAUACACUUUGAGGAGAGCCCUGGCUUCCAUCUGAGGUUUUUGAAGAAUUCUUUAAAAACCCAGAAAUGUUCCAGAGAGUGCCUUGUUUUUCAAAGGUUUUCCUGGAGAAGAUAAGGGAGAUUUUGGAGCAGAGAAGAGCAGUGGCUGUUUGUUUACUUGUACAUCUGCUCAGCUGAAUGGGACCAUGUUUUCUGGCUGUUUCUGUGGCUGUGGCCAUCGCAUGUGGUCAGGUCCAGCAGAGACCACUGUUACAGACUAAUAGGCCUUCUUGGUACAACAGACCAGUGACUUUAUCUAAACUUUGCCCAUUGCUGGAGAAGGUGUGACUUCAAGCAAGCCAGGGCCUCAGUAUGUCCCACUGCUGCAGACUCAGGAUUGGUGCCUAGGGUGGAAUGGGUGCUUCUGGACCCAAAGCUCGUCCUGUGGGUAAGGAGUUGUUUGUUUCUGAGAAUUGGUGACAUGAGUUACAUCAUUUUGUAGGAAACGAACAUUAAAAAACCCUCAGUGAAUGACCAUGUAGGAAGGGAAAGGGAUAGCAAAGUCAAGCAAACUGUUUUCAGUCACACAUUCUUUCCUGAGUAUUUUACUCCUCAUGAGAGCUAUUGCUGUGUGUGCCUAGGCCCUCCUGCCAGGACAACCUUGUGAUGUGGAAGAUGAAGAAAGUAUCGAGUAUUUUGGGUAUUGAGUUUUUGUCCAGUCCCUUAGGUCAUCUGGGCUGGUAAUGAUGAACUGGCUUUUGGAAUGAGCUUUUAUAAACUCCAGAAGUCAGUUUCUUGGAGUCUGGCCUCUGGCUCCUGGAGCAAACAAUACUUUCCUCAGUGUUUACACAGAUGAUGGCCCUCCAUCAUGUCCUUGGCCAGCAUGGAGACCUUUCUUCUUGCUCUCGGUCUUUUAUUUCUUCUGGACCUUUCAUGCAUGUAGACAUUUCCAUUUGUGCUUUAUUCUAACCAGCCUUUACCUUUCCAUGACAAAUAAUUAAAAUAUCAUAAGGUCGCUGAAAAAAAAUUAUAGACAUAGUAUCCCUUUGUGCAAUCCAGAACACCUGGGCCUGAAAGUACAUCUUCAUGGCUUAGAAUUUCACUGGUAUUUUGGUCAUUUUUUCCCUUCUGUGCUGGGAAGCUGGAAUGCUGAAACAUCUGUGCCCUCCUGUGAUUGCAUGUGCACUGUCUCAGAUUUUGCAAUGAAAACCAAAUGGUAUGGAUCUGGCAGCCUGCAUCAUGCAUGUCAUUCAGCAGAUGCCAAUAACAGUUGAAUAUUGGAUAUUAUUAAGAAGGAGAGGUAAAAUAAGGCUGUGAAAUAGCAUAUGUUGGCUGGUAGCAAAUGUCUUCCAGAUGCUUAUGGAAGCAUAAGAUUCAGCAUGGGAGUAACAUACUGUGAUAAAACUAUUGCAGCAUUGCUGCCAGCUCAGUGUACAUAUUUCAAAACAGAAGGAUUUUGGGAACCCUCAUGAGAUACAAAGACAAAAAACCUCCCAGCAUCUUUACUGGCUUAUACCAAUGUCAAUAUUUAGUAAAGGUAGACAUGUACAUUCCUAGUCAAGAGCCCGUAGCUGUCAUAGCACUGAGAUUUGCUGCACAACAGGGUUGGGAUCACUGUGGCAGUUCAAACCAGGAACGCUCCCUGCAUUUUGCUACUUGGUCAGGAAAUUUAGAAGGAUGAAGCAGAUGAACUUGACCUUAUUUUUCUGAUGGUGCUGGUAUCUGAGUUGGCUUCAUCUGGCCUAAGGAGGGUUGGUGGCUGCAGUGCCCAGCCACUGCUCAUGGCUUUGCAGGGGAUGGUAAAGGUGCCUUAUAUGGGCACUGAUGCUGCAGGAGCCACCUCUGAAACCCAUCAGCUUGAAUCCAGCUGGUGUUGCAGUAGGGGUCUCCUCAGCAUCCUCCCUGCGUCUACUUGGGGUCAUUCUUACAAAAAGGGAUGGGCAAGUACCAACACCUGUGGUGGGCAGCACCUGUGGAGGACCUGUAGAUGCCAUGGGAAAAGCACAGAUCAGCACUUGGGCACUCUGCCUGCAGCACCUAUUUCUGGGGGUGGAGGCAGGUGGAGAGGGAUGUGCCUGUGCCCAGCAAGGAGGAAACCUGACUCCUGAGAGCUGGAUCCCAAACCCACAGCACCACCAACACUGUAAAAACUAAGUAGCAGAAGAGAUACAGUCAUAAAGGAGGAAAGGUCUGCUCCUCUUGCCUGAGACACCGCAGAGGUAAGAAAACCUCACUAAGUAAAUAAAUAUUUAAUCAAGUCUUGAUUAAUAGUGGGGGGUAUCUGAUCAUUCACCUGUGAGGGGAAUUCUCACAAGAGGGAGGUCUCUGACUUUACUGACAAAGUUCCCAGCUGGUGUCACAUGCAGAAGUGCACAUUGUGUGGCCUUUGUGCCUCACAGCCCUCUGGUGUGGGCUCAUGUCAUCAUUCUGACGGGUCCCAGCAGCAGUUUCACUGCACUCUUGGUUGCUCCCUUCAGAUGGAGGAUUGUUAUUUUCCCUGCCAGCAGCAGCUUUGUCACUGCUGUUCUCCUGGCUCAUGUAACUGGCAUUUAGGAAUUGGGAAUUGCAAAUAGUGGAAAAUUUGUGACUCCCUGAAGAUGCAUGAUAGGCACUAGCUGUUCCAUUAAGGCAAACAGGGCUGCAAAGGUUUGGCAUGAAAUCCUGGGUUUGAUAGGAACUGUUAGGAGGUUUACUGUGCCUGCAAAGAUUUCUAGUGUUGAGAUGCUAGAGAAUGUAUCCCACCUGCUCACCCGCUGCUAUUUGAGUAGUGUGGUUCUCCCAUUAGGUGCUAUCCAACAUCCUGAUACCUCUGAGAGUGUCUGUCUACUGUCAGGUAUUGGAAGUGGCACUGCAGCCUUCUGCUUGAGCACCUGGUCCUCACUGGUAGUUCUGCACAGCAGCACCAAGGAUUGGGGUUCCCUCCCCUUGUCUGGAGGAGUUGUGGCACUUCCCAGAAGGAGGGCAUAUGGCCCAGAGUAGCACAAGAAACUGCCUUGCUGUCUUGUGACUGUCCAGAGGUUUCACAGUUAAAUCCUAGCCUUGUCUGACGGUGGAUCCCAGCAGGAGCUGAGAUGGCCACUGCACCAGAAGAGGCAGAAAAUGCUAUUGGCUUGGAGGAAAUCCACACAGAGAGAAAAGAAUCACCAAAAGGGCAGAAGACAUUUACAGUGGAAGAAGCUGUGGAAACCAUUGGGUUUGGGAGGUUCCACAUCAUGCUCUUCUUCAUCAUGGGCAGCACUGUGGUGGCUGAAGCCAUGGAGAUCAUGCUAAUAACUGUUGUGUCCCCUCUCAUCCGAUGCGAGUGGCAGCUUCAAGACUGGCAGGUGGCUUUAGUCACAACGAUGGUGUUUUUUGGCUACAUGGUCUUCAGCAUAGUGCUUGGGCUCCUGGCUGACAGGUAUGGCCGCUGGAAGAUUCUGCUGCUCUCAUUCCUCUGGGCAGCCUAUUUCUCCCUGCUGACCUCGUUUGCCCCAUCCUACAUCUGGUUUGUGUUCCUGCGGGCCAUGGUAGGAGGUGGUGUGUCGGGUCACGCGCAAGGGCUUAUCAUAAAAACGGAAUUUUUGCCCACCAAAUACCGAGGAUACAUGUUGCCCUUAUCUCAGGUGUUUUGGUUGGCAGGAUCUUUGUUGAUCAUUGGCCUGGCAUCAGUGGUGAACCCAACCAUCGGCUGGCGGUGGUUGAUCAGAAUUGCUUCCAUUCCCGGCAUCCUUCUCAUCCUGCUGUUCAAGUUCAUCCCGGAAUCGGCACGGUACAACGUGUCCACGGGAAACAUGGGGGCUGCCCUGGCCACGCUGCAGAGGAUAGCCAGGAUGAAUGGGGCGGCGAUGCCAGAGGGAGUGCUGAGAGAGCCAGCCAAGGAAAGGGGAGGAAGAUUCAAGGACCUCAUCCACCCCAAAUACCUCAGAACCACUUUACAGAUAUGGAUCAUAUGGCUUGGCAUAGCUUUCGCUUAUUAUGGCGUCAUCUUGGCCAGUGCUGAGUUACUGGAGCGGGACGUCGUCUGUGGCUCUGCAGCCCCACCAGUGCAGGACUCUGGCGAUGACCCUGAGGAGAGCCACAGCCCCUGCCACUGCCACUUCUUUGGGCCCACUGCCUACCAGACCAUGAUCAUCAGCACAGCUGGAGAGAUCGCACUAAAUCCUCUGAACAUUCUUGGCAUCAAUCUCCUCGGAAGACGUCUGAGCCUGUGUAUCACCAUGGCAUGUACAGCCCUAUUCUUUCUUCUCCUUAAUAUCUGCACCUCCAGUGCAGGCAUGGUUGGGUUUCUCUUCAUGCUGCGUGCCUUGGUUUCAGCAAACUUCAACACCAUCUACAUUUACACAGCAGAGGUUUAUCCCACCACAAUGCGAGCGCUGGGGAUGGGAACAAGUGGGUCACUGUGCCGUGUUGGAGCUAUGGUGGCCCCAUUUAUAUCACAGGUCCUUAUGAACGCUUCUUUCAUUGGGGCCCUGUGUCUUUUCUCAUCUGUGUGUGUUGUCUGUGCGAUCUCUGCGGUCACACUGCCCAUCGAGACCAAGGGCAGGGCCCUGCAGGUGUGUAUCACCACCCCAGCAGCUCCUGUGUAUAUAAAUGCUGUUUAGAGACUGGAGCUGAUGAUUCAGCCAGAAUCCAAACUGAACUCUCCUGAGGUUUCAUAAGCCAGAUAGGCAAGCACAGGAACAUGCUGUUGCAGUUAUUCCAGCUGCCUAAAACUCAUUUCUUGUGAAAGAAUAAACCAGAAUGCCAGCCUCAGCCACCUCAGUUUACAUGUGAGCAUGUUAGCUUUAGCUCGUGCAAGCCUCUCUUAAUUCCUACCUUCAAUCCAGACUUUGAAGUUGCUACUUCAUAGGCACAUGUUCUGGUUUGCCUGUGCUGCAAGGAGGGAGGACAGCAGAUGCAUAGAACACUUUAAACUAAAAAAGCCAUUUCUUCAUCAAAUUCAGGGCUACAGCCCCACCUCCAUCAGUCCAUUAGCUAAGCCCUUAGGGUUAGUGUUCUUUACAAAGCAAACAGCCAAAACACUUAAGCACAAAGAUUAAGGAGGCAAGUUUAAAUUCAGCCAGCCUCCCAUAUGCAAGUCACACUAGUUUAAUUAGAGGAGGUGGUGAGCACUUCUGUGAUUCCAGUCAGUUCAUCUAUACCAGCAGGGCAUGCAUGCAGCAUGGUCACAUCACUCUGUGUCACUCUGCAGUCUUACCUGUAUAAACCACAACACCAUGGGCUAAAUAAUCCAUAUUCUUUAGUAGCCUAAAGCAUGGCAGAUGAUUUAUCAAACUGGUUUAUGAGGGCUUUGGAACCAGACUUCAAAACUCCCACAUAUACAAACACACAUGUAUUACAUACAGACACACACAAACACACACUCUUAACUUCAUUGGGUCACAUCUUCUAAGGUUCCCCCAAAGUUCAUGGGACAAUUAACAUUAGGAUUUUAAGGGUUAAAAAAUUAAUUGCUGCCUGCUUCCUUAAAUGACUGCCUUUUAGAAAAGCAUGUGCUUUAUGGUUUUAUGUAAUUCGAAGUAACUGUAUAAUAUUUCCUAGAAGACUGGGGUGAGGUGGAGGGGGCGGGAUCAAAGUUUACAUAAAGAAAUGGACAAACCAACUUAUUCUUCCCUCCUGGGUGAAAUUCAAACCCAUACAAAGAGGCCAGAGAGCCACUUAGACCUUCAUAAGGUUGGAUUUACAAUAAUUACUAAGGAAAACACUUCAUUAAAACUGCUUUAAAUAUAAAAGCUUUGAUUCAGCUACAGCUGGAAUAACUUCAGCUAACAGCAGCUGAGAAAAAUACAAGUGUAAUCGUUCCUUAAUGGGAUCUCUCUUUUCCUGGGGCACUAACUCAAUUAAUUUAUUAUCCUCCUUGUUACAAAUAAGUUAUAAACUCCAGCUGCUGGCCUUUACAUGGCACAAGUCAAAAGAACGGAAAAAUAAAAAUCUGUAGAACUAGUUGUGUAGGCAGAGAAGCGCCUUUUAGAUCUUAAAUUCAACUUAUGACUCUUAUCUCAUGGUCACUUAAGAAGUUACAUUUCUGUCGUGUAGCCAUUCAGGGAUUGACAAAUGAUGACUGUUGAACAUGUCAUCCAAGGGCCUCACACAGUACAGUCAUCCAGUCCACACAGGAAUUUAAAUACAUGAUGUAAAAGCUCUUUUAACAUGGCAAUAUUUAGUGCUAAGGCUCCAGGCAAUAGAUAUGUUCCUUAAAACUAGGUCAAAAUGAACCGACUAAAUGAAAUCUAUGUAAGUAACUUUUUGUGAAAUCUAGACACUGACAUUUAAAAAGCACAUCUACUCAUUUCAGAUUAUUAAGACAGUAUCAGUCCACUCUCGAAGCAGUUAGGGAAUUGUUUGUCAGAAGCGAGACCUUUUGGACAUAUCCAAAUGCGUAUUAUUUUCCACUGUAUCCAUUUCUGUUGGUUUUCAUGUGCAUUUUAUUAAUUUUAUGUAUUUUUUUCUUUUCCCUUUUUAGCAAGUAAAAUGAAAACAAGUGUUUGAUGUUGGACUGGGUAGGAAAGAAAAACAAACCUUUGGAAUCUGUCAUUUCCUGUGAGCUGCAUUUGAUGUUGAUUGCUUCUCCAUACCAUUUCCAUUAUAAAAAAAUUGCAACUGAACAGUGUGAAAGUUAUGAUUUGUAUAGAAAAAUGGAAAAUUUCUCAAAGAUGUUCCUUUUCUUAUGAUUCAGUAAAUAGAUGCUUUCUACCCUU